ACACUUUCGGUAUCUUGUAAUGGGUAUGGAUGUUGAUCGACUGAAUAAAUAAUGUUAAGAUUAGAUGUAGCUCGAGCGAAACAGAACCGCAAUGAAAUGAGAACCUUAAGAAAAAACGUAACUUUUAUCUUUACACAAUAUUGUUGCAGACAUAACAACCGACCCAAAAACAUAAAUAACGUCCCACAAAACUGAUUAGCAUCCUAAGUAACAUGCUUGUUUAACUUAUCUAAGAGAUCAUUAAUCUUUAAUUUAAUUGAAUACACGUCUGUGAAAAACUUCCAUAAAGACUGUCAAUUACUCCUUAUCAUUUCUUUGAUCCUCGUAAAGACGUCAUCAAUUAUCAAUACAUUUCUGAGUGGCCACUCCUCAGUCGCGAAAUACAUCCUCGAAUCCAGGCCUUUUCCGCAUUGUUGAACGUAGUACUUGGAGGACCUGGGUAUGAUGAGAUCGCCGAAUAAAAGCCAUGUAUGUUGGCAGCGAUUGGCUUAGACUUAGAUAUUGAAAGCGUGCUUGGUUCAUGGGAUCGGAUUAUGUGAAGUAAACUUGGCUUCUUACUCCGCUGGUAAUUCGUGGAUUCAAGAUGACGUAAUUUUGGCAUUCCAAAAAAACAACAACAAAACAAAAGAUGGAUGCUGAUGUUUUGGCUACUUUAAAGAUUUUAAUCAUAGGAGAAAGUGGUGUCGGAAAAUCCAGCUUACUCCUACGAUUUGUGGAUGAUACCUUUGACCCAGAUUUAGGAGCCACUAUCGGAGUAGAUUUCAAAAUCAAGACUAUUACAAUAGAUGAUAACAGAGUGAAACUAGCUAUUUGGGAUACUGCAGGACAAGAAAGGUUUAGAACUUUAACCCCUAGCUAUUAUCGUGGUGCACAAGGGUGUAUAUUAGUGUACGAUACAAGCAACCGAGACUCGUUUAACAAGUUAGAAGAAUGGUUGAAUGAAGUUGAAGUAUAUUCUACAAAACGUGACAUUAUCAAAAUGCUAGUAGGAAAUAAAAUAGACAAGGAUAAUCGUGAAGUUGAUCGCCAAGAAGGAAUGACGUUUGCAAGAAGGAACAAAAUGUUAUUUAUAGAAUGCAGUGCAAAGACAAAAGACGGUGUACAGUACGCAUUUGAAGAGCUUGUCGAAAAGAUAAUCCAAACACCGGGAUUAUGGGAGAAAGACAGCCAGACGUCAGGAAGUGUUGAUCUAUCGAACACUGGUAGUUCAGUCGUGCAGGGGUGUAGUGGAUAUUGUUCUCUGACGUAAUUUAUUGAUAAUAUAUAACCCAAUUUUAUGCAAAAAUAUUAACCAAUACCAGAUACGCCCCUCUUCCCUGGAUUUGUGCCUGAGUUGGCGAAUGGCACAUUUCAAUGUUGGAUAGUCAUAUAAAUAUAGAUAGGUGGGAUAUUCAAUGCAUUUUGUGCAAUAUAAUUUAUAUUAAUAUGCAACUAAAAACUAAUUAGUGGUAUCAGUGCUGGCUGGGCAGGGUUUCUCAAGGUGUUUUUUCUUCCUGUAGUCUUCAACCAAAAAGUUUCCGCGAUUGCGAACGCUUGCAAAUUUAAAACUGUGUAGACCUUCCUAUCGACCUAAAAGUACAUUUAUUGUUGAUCGCCUAUUUCGAGUGGCUAUUUUGUAGUAUGUUUAUAAUUGUAAACUCAAAAAGAUCUGAGUUAUAGAAUAUCGGUAGAGUGUAAUGUAAUAUCUGUACAG